AUGCGCGGCGCAUCCGUGGAGCCCAGAGACGUGGUAGGCAAAAUCGACACCCGGUCGAACGAGCUGCACUCAAUUGCCAUCGCCGGGUCUGGGCAGCUGCUGGCGUCGGGCGGCCAGGAGAACAUUGUCAAGGUGUUUGACGCCGAGACGGGCGAAAGCAUCUACCGCCUGGCCGGCUGUCUGAAGGGCAUCAACCACGUCGAGUUCAACUCGGACAGCUCGCUGCUGAUGGCUGCGUCCAGCGACAACACUGCGCGCAUCUGGCAGCUCGACACCGGACGCCAGUACAAAUCGCUGUCGGGCCACAUUGGCCGUGUGGUCAAGUCGCGAUUCAGCCUCGACUCGUCGCGUGUAUUCACAUACAGCCAGGACCGCACAGUCAAGGUCUGGGAUCUGCAGCGCGGGCUGUGCGUGAAGACGCUGUUCACUGUGUCCAGCUGCCACGACAUCUCCCUGCUAAACACCGAGGGCUCGCGCAUCGUCACGGCCCACAUGGACAACACCAUCCGCACAUGGGACACGCUGACAGGCGCCAAGCUGCAGGAGGCGAACAUCCAUAGCGAGCCGGUGAUGUCGGCGUCGGUGGGCCGCAACGGCCGCUGGAUCCUGACCAAUUCGCGCGACGGCUCGCUGCACCUGGUGGACAGCUCGACGCUGGACGUGGAGAUGACACUGACGGCUCCCGGGUACUGCCCGAACCGCAGCUACGCCAGCGCGUCGCUGAGCCCCGACGAGCGAUUCGCCCUGGCUGGGUCUACGGACGGCCGGCUGUAUCUGUGGGAUCUGACUGCGGGCGGCAGGCUGCUGAACAAGAUGGACGUGCACCGGUCGCCCGUGUGCGAUUCCGUGUGGAGCCCCAGCGGCAGCCGCGUGUUCAGCGCCGAGCAGCACCGCUAUGUGAUGAUGAUGCAGUGA